AGAUGAGUGGCUUGCAUGCAGUGAUUCUCCCUUUCCCUGCGCAAGGCAGUAUCAAUCCUCUCAUUAAUUUGGCUCAGUUGCUCUAUUCGAGAGGGGUUUUCAUCACUUUUGUAAACACGGAAUGGACUCACAAGUGCAUGUCCAAAGCAACUGCUAAAGAUAAUGGUGUUGGAGCCUCCACUUCCAGGUUUAGGUUUCUCACCAUUCCAGAUGGGUUGCCGCCAGACCAUGGUCGCCUCGCCAAUCUUGCCGAGUACAUAAUCGCAGUGGAAAAAUUCGGCCCAGUCUUGGAGCAUCAUUUGCGGUGCUGCUUAGCGGAGGGAACUCCUCCCAUCACCUGCAUUAUAGCAGAAAAUUUCAUGUCUUGCACUCACCAAGCGGCCAACAAGCUGGGAGUGCCCCGAGUCAUCUUCUGGACAAUGUGCGCUGCCUCUUCUAUUGCUCAGUGCAACUCCAACCUUCUCCUCUCUCGUGGAUAUAUUCCUGUCAAAGUGGAGGAAUCGAAGAGGGUGGACAAAGUGAUCACUUGCUUGCAGGGUAAUCUUCCACCUCUGCUGCCGAGGUAUCUGAUUUCCUUCUAUCGCGCUACCGAUACAUCUGACGUUUUCUUCCAGUGGUUUCGGCGUGAAUCCCAAUUUCAAAGUUUCGCAGACUAUGUGCUUGUCAACACGUUCGAUGAGCUCGAAACUCCUCAGACGGUAAGCGCACUGUCUUGUAAUGGCUGCCCUGCUUUGGCAAUGGGGUCUGUAUUUCUUCCGAGUGUCCUGGAAGGAAUAGAUUUGAACGGGUGUGGGAGUCUGCUGGAGCAGGACGAGAGCUGUCUCAAAUGGCUCGAUACCCAACAGCCAGAUUCUGUGUUCUAUGUUUCCUUCGGCAGCGUCGCCGUCAAAUCUAACGAGCAGCUGGAGGAGUUGGCAGUGGGGUUCGAGAAAAGCGAGCACCCCUUUUUGUGGGUUCUGCGGAUGGAUAUUGCGGGAGGUAUGCCUGCAACUCUGCCGGAAGGUUUUGAAGAGAGGACAAAAGUUCGGGGAGUGAUUGUGAAAUGGGCGCCUCAGGUGAAGGUUUUGUCUCACCCUUCCGUAGGAGGGUUUCUCACCCACUGCGGGUGGAACUCCUGUUUGGAGAGCAUAAGCAUGGGAAUUCCGAUGCUUGGAUGGCCCUAUUUCUGUGAUCAGUUUCUGACCUGCCGCUUCUGCAAGGAUGUGUGGAAUAUUGGCAUUGACUUGGAAGGCGUGGACGUCGAUGAAAAUCUGGUGCUCAGAGAGGAGGAGAUAGAGAAAAGCGUGAGGAGACUGAUGGGGGCUAAGGAAGCGCAGAAGCUGAGAAAAAGGGGGAUGGAGUUGAAGGAGGCGGCAUUUAAAGCUGUUGGGCAGGGAGGUUCUUCUUUUAUGAAUUUGAACAGGUUUAUUCAUGAUAUGACACAACUUUCCAAAUCGGCUUGAACGGCGUAGCCGCCAAAGAAUUUCUUCCCGCGUCGAUCACUAUUAUUGUCAUCUUCCGUAGUCUGUAUUAGCUGCCGUUUAUUGCCUAUUAUGUUUGGAGACAUGUUAUCAGAUUCAGAUUUCAAAUAUGCUUUCUCCACUGUAUAAAAUGAAAUAAGCUGAUUGAUUUCAGAGAUCUUGGAGUUCACUCCAGGGAAUUAUUCUAAAUAUGCUUUCUAGACUGAGUUAUUUCAGGCAAUCUACUUUUUGACCACUCGCGUUUCUCUCAUGUUGGGAUCGUGGGAGUGGAGAUAACUGCUUGUGAUAAAUGCAUCGCCAUCAUGUCACUUUUAUGUCUUUAAUUUCUUGCCAACUCUGUAAAUCUCUGUCACUCUCUUUCUCAUUCAAAAACGGUAUUGUACUCAACACACCAAUAAGACAAAGAAGACAAAGGUCUCU